AUGAAUUCCUCACACGACCCGUUGUGCAGUGAACUAUGGUCACCUCUGUGUUCUUCUCCUCCCCAGGACACAGCAGAGGACAUCCAGUCCAUAGACAGCUGUGAGUACAUCUGGGAGGCAGGAGUGGGGUUCGCUCAGUCCCCCCCACUCAACUACACCCACGACCUCAACAGGACGGAGCUGCUGAAGCUGCUGUUGACCUGUUUCUCUGAGGCCAUGUACCUGCCCCCCUCUGCUGACAACAACAUCCUCAACCCCUGGGUUACCUUCUUCUGCGCUACAGACAACAGACAUGCCCUGCCUCUCUUCACGUCUCUCCUCAACGUGGUGUGUGCCUAUGACGCAGUGGGUUACGGUAUCCCUUACAAUCACCUGAUGUUCUCUGACUACCGAGAGGUGUUGGUGGAGCAUGCUGUCCAGGUCCUCAUAGUGACUCUGGAGCACGAGGCCGGGCCAGCCGCAGCACAACACAGCCUGGACCAUUCCACCUCCGCCAUGGAGGACCUAGAGCCUGUGGGACCAGACAACCUGUUUGUAAACUACCUGUCCAGGAUCCAUAGGGAGGAGGACUUCAGCUUCAUCCUGAAGGGUCUGGCCAGACUGAUGACCAACCCUCUGAUCCAGACCUACCUGCCCAACUCAGCCAAGAAGAUCCGCUUCCACCAGGAGCUACUGGUGCUCUUCUGGAAGCUCUGUGACUUCAACAAGAAGUUCCUAUUCUUCGUGUUGAAGAGCAGUGAUGUUCUGGAUGUCCUGGUGCCGAUCCUGUUCUACCUGAAUGAUGCACGGGCUGACCAGUCUCGUGUGGGCCUGGUACACAUCGGUGUGUUUAUCCUGCUGCUGCUGAGUGGAGAGAGGAACUUUGGUGUGCGUUUGAAUAAACCCUACUCUGUACGAGUCCCCAUGGACAUCCCUGUGUUCACUGGAACUCAUGCUGACCUGCUCAUAGUG